UCUGGAAACCCUAAAAUCAGGACCCUUUGAGGACAGUGACAUGUCCAUUCUUCCUCUAUUUGUUGUCACUGACUGAGGUUCGCCUCCAUUUUGCUUUUAUCGAUAUUCGUACACCACGCGAGAAGAAAAGUGAAUACUUCAAAGACACAAUUUAUUACUUAAAAGAUGGCACAAUUUCUAAAUCGACUGGGUACAUUUGGCUUAGGUAUGGCUAUGACUGGAAGUGUUAUUCACAGUGCCUUGUACAAUGUCGAUGGAGGUCACAGAGCUGUUAUUUUUGAUCGAUUUACUGGUAUAAAGAAUCAAGUUGUAGGAGAAGGAACACACUUUUUCAUUCCAUGGGUGCAAAAACCAAUUUUAUUUGAUAUCAGAUCUAGACCAAGAAAUGUUCCUGUUGUUACCGGAAGUAAAGAUCUGCAAAAUGUAAAUAUCACACUUCGUAUUCUCUUUAGACCAAUACCAGAUUCUCUGCCAAAAAUCUAUACCAUUCUCGGUAUAGAUUAUGAUGAAAGAGUAUUGCCGUCAAUUACUAAUGAAGUAUUAAAAGCAGUAGUUGCCCAAUUUGAUGCAGGAGAAUUAAUUACACAGAGGGAGAUUGUCUCUCAGAAAGUUAGGGAAGAUUUAACAGAAAGAGCUGAACAGUUCGGACUGAUUUUAGACGAUAUUUCCAUUACUCAUUUAACCUUUGGAAAAGAGUUCACCCAGGCUGUAGAGAUGAAACAGGUAGCACAACAAGAAGCAGAGAAAGCACGUUUCUUGGUAGAAAAGGCAGAACAGCAUAAAAAGGCAGCAAUUAUCAGUGCAGAGGGUGAUGCACAGGCAGCUAGUUUAAUAGCAAAAUCCCUUGGCGAAGCUGGUGAUGGUCUUGUUGAGCUAAGAAGAAUCGAGGCUGCAGAAGACAUUGCUCAUAAUCUAUCUAGAUCGCGCCAAGUAGCCUAUUUGCCACCGGGUCAAAACUUUUUGCUAAACUUACCACAAUAAAGGCGUAAAUCGGCAUGAACAUUGUAUUCAUAAAUUGUGCAUUUAUAUUAUAAUGUAUGCUAUGUUGGUAUACAAGAAAUGGUACUUUAGGGAGAUACCUGAAUGUGUUGCAUACAAGGAAUAUAUAACAUUUCAUAAUAUUCAUAUUUCAGUUUAAUUUUUCCACGUGCGGGUGUAUUCUUGCGCUCUCUCGCGCAAGAAAUUUUGUAACGAUUUACUUUAUACUUAAAAUCUGGUUCUCCCGUUUCAGUUUUAUAGUAUAAUAUAAAUCGAAGGCGCCUCUUAUUGCUAGAUACUGUUCAUCUUGUUUGCUUUACAGGAAGAGGAGAGCAUUUUCCUUUAGUGUUUUCCCGUAAUUUUUCAUUACGAGAUUAAUUAACAACAAUUGGCUCGCUACCUUAACUUGAGCAUUCAUGUAACCUAGUAAGCAAUUAACGCGUUUACGUUCACUUCUACAGGCAUUUUAUAAUUACUAUUGCAGCUUACGUUUAUAUCUACAUUUUGUACAGAUCGCGAUAUCAUAUAUAGCAAUUUUCUUGUAAAUGUCCCAUAUGUUAUGUAAUUUAACGUAUGCAAAUGUACUUCAUAAAAAUUUACCGAUGCAACACAUGUCUUUGGAUCGUUUCAUCGAUCGGUGCGAAACGAAUGUGGUAUUGUGGUGUAGUAGCUACAUACAAAAGUACAUGUUAUAUUUGUGAAUAGUUAUCAGUUAGUAAAUAUUCUUGUAAAAGAAGUAUCAA